CCAUCUGGUACCAAAUUUGAUGUUCUGAGCACCUCGUCAUGUCCUCCGGCUCAGGUAGUCUCCGUCGCCAGGCCUCGGCUGUUCCUGGACCCAAACCACCUUGUUCGAUUCACCCAUCUGCCAUAAUCUCCGACAAAGCUGUGAUUACUGGCACACAUCCGGUCUCUAUUGGCGAAAAUGUGGUACUCCAUCCGUUUGCCAAAAUCACGUCAAACACGGGAGCCGUUCGCAUUGGAAAGAACUGUAUCGUCGGCGAUCGUGCUACUGUGGGUCUGAGUGAUAGUCCUGGAACUUUUGCUGGAACAACUGUCGAGCUUGAAGAGAGUGUCAGCGUCGAAAGUGGCUCAGUCGUACAAGCCGAAAAAGUGGGAACCGGCAGCGUGGUAGAGGCCAACACCACCCUGGGACCUGGUGUGGUUGUGGGCAAGUUCUGCAAGAUAACUGCUUCUUCAAGCAUUCAAUCAGAAAACCUGCCCGACUUCACCAUUGUCUACGGUGAAAAUGCUAGACGUACAGAUGCCACUACAAAGACUCGAUCGGACGUCAGAGACCUCAAACUCAAGGGCCAAUUGAUGCAUAUUGACACUUUGAAGCGUCUGGUACCCAGCAACACCAUGAAGUGGUUAUCCUGAGCGCCAGCAUCUCAAAGAUGCGCUUAAGAGGGAUGAGAACAUCUUGAGCAACAAAGAGACGCUGAAAAAAUCAUCUCUACCAGGAGAUACACAACGCAGCUAGAAUGAGCAUGUCAAGAACACUUCAUCACUCGAGGGCUGGACGAGCUAGUCGAGUUGAAUUAGAGCCUGCCACCCCCAGAACAACAGUGCUUUUGAUUACAACGCGUCAGACAUCGGCUACGUCAUGGAAAACGAUCCCAACCUGGAUGGUCAAAAGUCUUUCUGUCCAGCUCGAAGACUGUUCUUACGAUCAUGUACAGCUUUUCCACUCUUUCUCGAAGCAUACCUCCAGGAAGAGUAAGAUCAAUCAUGUCACAAAAUACACGACUUUCAUACUCGGCCGCUGCAGGGUCCGCAGACAUUCCGAAGCCCCGACAAAACCCCAUCAAAGAGGCACAUGCAGACCAGUCUUCGAG